AUGCAGAGCAACACUCCCAGCUCAUCUCGUCCGCUCACCUCGCGGGUACCGGGCCAGCUUCACACGCCCACACACUCCUUUAGCGAUGCUGCCUUCACCCCGGACUCUUCCGAAGUCAGAGUGGGUACCUGGAACGACAAGCGGUCCAGGGAGGAUCUAGAUCUUGCGCGAACUAGACUUGCCGACCAGAAGUUCAACAUGAGAGAUUUUGAAGAUCCUCUCCUACCCCGUCAACAUCCACAAUCUCAUUACUACCCAAAGGGUGUUACGGAAGAGACAGAGGCCAAAUUACUUAAACUCAUUGUCGAACUCACAGGCUCCUCUAGUUGA